GCCAGAACGCAUCAGAGAAUUUACUGAGUUCUUUGUCAGCAAUCGCUUACUAAAUCUACUAAAGAUGUCUGGAAGAGGAAAGGGCGGGAAGGGACUUGGCAAAGGAGGCGCCAAGCGUCAUCGUAAGGUUCUGCGUGAUAACAUCCAGGGAAUCACCAAGCCUGCCAUCCGCCGACUUGCUCGUCGUGGCGGUGUGAAGCGUAUCUCCGGCCUGAUCUACGAAGAGACCCGUGGUGUGCUUAAGGUGUUCCUGGAGAACGUCAUCCGUGAUGCCGUUACCUACACUGAGCACGCCAAGAGAAAGACCGUCACCGCUAUGGAUGUCGUCUAUGCUCUGAAGCGUCAGGGCCGAACCCUGUAUGGCUUCGGUGGAUAAGUGAACGUCGAACCAACUCACCCCAAAGGCUCUUUUAAGAGCCACCCAUCUGUAUUGAAAAAGGCAAAUUCUGUUGAUCAUCAACUUGCUUGGGGCAGUUGAACUGGGAAUUGUACGGACGUAUUUAAACUUAGUCGAUAGAAUGUAAUCUGAAUCGGGUUUAUUGGUCAAACUUGCUUAUUAAACAUCUAAAGGAUUAGAUUGGUCCACAAUAGCUCUGACUACUUAAUAUCAACAAUGUCGCCAACAUCAAGUAGUAAAGGAAAAGUACCAGUCCAUGGAGAAAACGCGGCAUUAAAUAAAAUUAUAUGAAACGUAAAUUUGUUAUAGUUCUGUUUGUGCUAAUGAAAUGAGUUGAUCAAACUUGGGUGUUGACGUACCUUUUUUUUUUUUUUUUUUUUUUUUUUUUUUCUCGGUUCUAAGCCUGGAAGCGCAUAAUUAAGUUUCGGUUUGUCACGUUUUGCUUACGCAAUAUAAGGUGAGCGAAACUGAGGGAAGGACUCAAAUGUAGUAUCGGCACAAAAGUAACGGAAUACCCUGAAUGAUUAUGAAAAGUGAAUAUUUGUAGACUAAUGAAUAAUCUGUAGCUAGUUUAAAAUCGUCAAGUAAAAUGAGUAUAGAAUAAAUUCUGUAGACGUGGGGCGAGAAUUGAGCCAGUAGAAUUUGAACGUAUUUCGGCGGGACUCUCCGUCCAAUGAAAACCGCCAUUACACUGGAGAGAAAAAUAGCACUUAAAAUGGCGCCUCUUCGACUGAAACAAUAGCUGCUAAUGAACUAGGGUAAACUAUAGCGAAUUUACUGAAAUUAGACUUAAAAUGAAACUAUUACAACAUACUAGGCCCUUGAAUGACAAUUUAAUUUAAACGUGUGUAUUCAGUUAUUAAAGACCGUAUUAAAGGAAUUGAACCAAUUACACGCAUAUCGAAGCAGGUGCUUGUGAAAGCUACAUAUUGUGAUUCUUUCAGUCGUGUUGCAAGAAGUACCGGAGCAUUUCCACUUAGUAUUAGCGUAUGAAAAACGUACUAAUUAAAUUAAAAAUAUUAAAUACUAACUAAAUUUAAUAGAGCCUUUAAUGCCACUUAACCAUAAAAACUGCGUGUCCGAUGCUGUCAAUGCAGUAUGUGCUUAUAUCUAUUUAACCAUGUAAAAUUACAUUAAUAUUUUCUUUCACCGAACACCGAAACCAUGUUUAAUUAUUUAAUUGGAAAAAAUGUUUAAGUGUCAGAAGAUUUGGUGUCUGUGGUGUUGUGUUACCUGUUCAGUGGGUGUUACUCAAAAGAAAACUAACUGGUUUUCCAUUAGCGUUGUCACAAUAACUUUUUUAUACGCAUCAUGUAUAAGGUAAUUCUUUAAUGGAAAAGGUCUAGCUAUAAGUAAUUUGACAAUAUCACUUCCUCAUUUUACCACUUUAUAUAUGACGUAGGUGAUCAUUCCGAACAUAGUUU